CGCGGCUGGGGCGGAGACUUCGGGGCCCGGCUAGCGGGCGGCGCCUGUAGCGCGGGGGCGGCGGGCCCGGGACGAGCAUGUAGCUGCCGCUGGCGGCGGGGCUCCCGGGGCGGGCCGGGCGGGCCGCGGGAGCCGCACGCGGCGAUAUGGAAGAGGAGGGCAAGAAGGGCAAGAAGCCUGGAAUUGUGUCGCCAUUUAAACGAGUAUUCCUAAAAGGUGAAAAGAGUAGAGAUAAGAAAGCCCAUGAGAAGGUGACAGAGAGGCGCCCUCUGCACACUGUGGUGUUGUCAUUGCCUGAGCGCGUCGAGCCAGACAGACUGCUGAGCGACUAUAUUGAGAAGGAGGUAAAGUAUUUAGGUCAGUUAACGUCCAUACCAGGAUACCUGAAUCCCUCCAGUAGGACUGAAAUCCUGCAUUUCAUAGACAAUGCAAAGAGAGCCCACCAACUUCCAGGACACUUGACUCAGGAGCAUGAUGCUGUGCUCAGCUUGUCUGCGUACAACGUCAAGCUGGCCUGGAGGGACGGGGAGGAUAUCAUCCUCAGGGUGCCCAUCCAUGACAUCGCCGCCGUCUCCUAUGUCCGGGAUGAUGCUGCACACCUGGUGGUCCUGAAGACAGCCCAGGACCCAGGGAUCUCCCCCAGCCAGAGUCUGUGUGCAGAAAGUUCCAGAGGCCUCAGUGCAGGCUCCCUGUCAGAGAGCGCAGUUGGGCCAGUGGAGGCAUGCUGCUUGGUCAUCCUGGCUGCAGAGAGCAAGGUCGCUGCGGAGGAGCUUUGCUGUCUGCUAGGCCAGGUCUUCCAAGUUGUUUACACGGAGUCCACCAUCGACUUUCUGGACAGAGCGAUAUUUGAUGGGGCCUCCACCCCCACCCACCACCUGUCCCUGCACAGCGAUGACUCUUCUACAAAAGUGGACAUUAAGGAGACCUACGAGGUGGAAGCCAGCACUUUCUGUUUCCCUGAAUCCCUGGAUGUGGGUGGCACGUCACCCCACAGCAAGACCAUCAGUGAGAGUGAGCUGAGCGCCAGCGCCACUGAGCUGCUGCAGGACUACAUGCUGACACUGCGCACCAAGCUGUCGUCGCAGGAGAUCCAGCAGUUUGCGGCGCUGCUGCACGAGUACCGCAAUGGGGCCUCUAUCCACGAGUUCUGCAUCAACCUGCGGCAGCUCUACGGGGAUAGCCGCAAGUUCCUGCUGCUUGGUCUGAGGCCCUUCAUCCCUGAGAAGGACAGCCAGCACUUCGAGAACUUCCUGGAGACCAUUGGCGUGAAGGAUGGCCGUGGCAUCAUCACCGACAGCUUUGGCAGGCACCGGCGGGCCCUGAGCACCACGUCCAGUUCCACCACCAAUGGGAACAGGGCCACGGGCAGCUCUGAUGACCGAUCAGCGCCUUCAGAGGGGGAUGAGUGGGACCGCAUGAUCUCGGACAUCAGCAGCGACAUCGAGGCGCUGGGCUGCAGCAUGGACCAGGACUCGGCAUGAUGGGCAGUGGAUGGUGGGGCACCCAAACCUUCUGCACAGUCGUUGUAGGCCUUUCUGAAAGGAGCUACCCAGACCUGCGUGUCAGCCCUUCGUCAGGGCCAGCGAGAAGCUCCAGGCAUAGGUAGCCUCGGGUGGCCCAGGUCCUCUACUGUGAAGGAGCAGGGAGCUGCCAAGGGGCAUGAGCCCCAGUGUGGGUGGAAGGCUCUUUGCCUUGUCCACCAGGGCUCAGCCGAGCCCUGCAGCUGUCCCUGCUCGGGGAGCGCCUGGCCAAGCUGGCAGGGAGAGCGUCCUGUCGGCUGGGCCCUUGGACAGCUGUCAGUUUGCACAUGAUGUUCCUAUUGUAACUCUCAGAGACCUUAAAAAGAAGUUUACUGCAAUGUGAAUAAUUUAA